AUGGUCCAGACUAUCACCAAGAAGAAGAAGGCCGUACAGGAUGGAGUUUUCAAGGCUGAACUGAACAACCUUCUUAUGAAGGAAUUGGCUGAAGAUGGUUACGCUGGUGUCGAAGUACGUCGUGCCCCAACCCGUACUGAAGUCAUCAUCACUGCUACUCGCACACAGAACGUGUUGGGUGAACGUGGACGCAGAAUCCGUGAAUUGACCGCUGUCGUUCAAAAGAGAUUCGGAUUCAACGUUGGACAAGUUGAGGUAAGUCUUUAUGUUUUUUGUUUUUGAAUUUAGAAGGGCUUUCAUAGGUGUUUUACAUACGAAAGAGCGUAUAAUGUUAUACGUUUUGUAUUUUGGGUUACUAAAAGUUUUAUUUUACAGCUUUACGCCGAGAAGGUCGCCAACCGUGGUCUUUGCGCCGUUGCCCAAUGUGAAUCUUUGAGAUUCAAGUUGUGCGGUGGUUUGGCUGUUCGUCGUGCUUGCUAUGGUGUUCUUCGUUUUAUCAUGGAAUCACAAGCCAAGGGAUGCGAAAUUAUUGUGUCAGGAAAGCUCCGUGGUCAACGUGCUAAGGCCAUGAAAUUCGUUGACGGUAUCAUGAUCCACUCUGGAAACCCAGUCAACGAAUACGUUCAACAAGCUGUUCGUCACGUUCAACUUCGUCAAGGUAUGAUAAAUUCGAAAUUUGUAGUAAUUCAUGAAGCUUUUGUUGCUAUUAUUUUAACUUUUAAUUGUGUUUUUGACAAGAUAGUGUAUUUUAAUUCAUAGUAUUGGUUUUUAGGUGUUUUGGGUAUCAAGGUAAAGAUUAUGCUUCCUCACGACCCAGAAGGCAAAAUUGGUCCCCGAAACCCUCUUCCUGACCAUAUUCAAAUCUUGGAACCUCGUCCAGAAAUCAACCCAGCUCUUCCUCGUUCUGAAUGCUUUGAUGCUCCUGAAGAGAAACUUCAAGCUCCUCAAGGACAAGCUCCCCAACAGCCAAUCCAACCGGCUUAUUAA